CCUCGCGAAGGUGCUGCCAUUUGUGCCGCGGCGCGCUCUCGGGGAGACACGCAUCGCCGCGAACAGGCCGGUUGUCACGUGUGCGUUGUGUGCGUUGCGGAACUGCAAGGGCUGCCCUUGUUACUAUUUCUGACUGCUGCAAAGGGCUGCCACUUGUAAACUAUUCCUCAGUAAACGCCGUCGCCGCGCGCGCAUAACUCAUGGCGCGAAAAUCGGACAGAAGCCGCCGCGACGCCGCGCCGGCGCGCGGCCGGACCAUGAAUGUGGACCGGCCGACGGAGCGCGACGCGCCGCCCGUAGCCAAACGGGGCACGAGCCGCGAGGGCCUCUACCUCGACCAGGUCUUCCCGGGCGUGCCGCAGCGCAUCGAGAUCAUAGAAGAAAAGCUCGGCAACUCGCCCGGCAGCCGGCACUCGCCCGUCGUGCCCGCGGAUAAAAAACAAAUCGCGACGCCGGAGAAGGCGCCGCCACCCAUACCGGCGCUGACGCCGGACAAGCCGGACAAGCCGGCGUCGGUCCAGAAGCCCUCGCCGAUGGAGAAGCGGUACGCGGAACUCGCGGAGCCCGAGCGCUACGACGCGCCGCCGUCGCCCGCGCGAGUACGCCUCGAGGAGCGGUGCUGGCCGUCUUCCCAGAGACGGCGGCGCGCCCCAUCGCCGCCGCCGGCGCCCGGCUCGCCGGCGUCGCCGUUGGAACGCGCAUCGUUGCUGAACGCCGCGCCGGCCGUCGACAGCCCCCGAGAGGAUGCGCCGGAGCCGCUCUUCUGCGGCUUCUUCCUGGGGGGCGGCGCCGCGACGUCGUCGAACGACUGCACCUACUUCUGGGGCGCCCCGGCCGCGCCGAGCCACUCGGGCUGCUUCAACCCGUUCAGCAACGGCCUGUCGGACGACGAGGAGAGCGUAAGUUAGAGCGUUAG